AUUCGAAAACGCUAUAAGAAAUGCAAGGGAAAGCUAAAGAGAGCAAAUGAUGUAUGAAUCGAAAUUCGUGAAUUGAUCUUGUUUGUUCGUUUUAUCUGCACCUUGUACUUUGUCGUUGCUAGUUGCUAGCAGCUAGUUAGUAUAGCCUAGCUAUUGCUAGUUGCAGGAUAUCUGUGUAUAUAUGAUGUGUGAUUCAUGCUGGUUUAUGCCGACAGUUGUACAAGCAGAUGUAUCUCAAAAUCCGAAAUAAAGAAAGGAAAAAGAGUGACACAAAAAUUAUAUCUAAUACAACAGAUUAUAUCUAAUUCAGUACUAUCAUUAUCAAGUUUAUUCGAGAUUCUUAAAGAUGACUUCGUUCGGUCGUGGACGCGGAUGGUCUAUUCAAAAUCCGAAUAAAGAACAAGUUCUACGUAGACCAGGAAGUGCGACUUGUGGUAACAAUUUUGUCAAAGAUAUAAUAGAUAAAAUAGUUACCUAUGAUAUACAUGAGCACAUCUCGCCACAACUGAUUCAGGAGAUUACAGACCUGCUAACUAGCGCAGUCAACAAAGACAGUUUAAAGGAUACAUGCGAUAAUCUUUGGAAGCAAGCUAUACUUUAUGAUUCACUUACCACAAAAAUAGGAGUGAUAUUCAGUGAUUAUAAGAUUGCAUUGAUAGAAGAUAAUAAUAAAGAAAAUAUACGAAGCCGUUUCUUACGUCUCUUACAGGAUAAUUACAUGUCUAGGGAAAAAUAUAAAAUACAAGAUAAAAAGAAAUUUGCAAAUAUAGUCUUACUUCAUGCGGAAGUUUUUUAUCACAUGAAGCUUAGUGAUGGUAGUAAGUUGAAAAUAUUGGCUGAACCAUUAAUUCAAUAUUUGGAAGAUCUAUUGCAAGAUAAUAUCAAAGAAAAUACUUAUUUUAUUAUGAUACAGAUUCUUAGAUCUGGUAAAGAUCUUCAUACAAUAUGUCCAGAUCGAUUUGAAAAUUUAAUGCUAAUAAUUAGGCAAAUAUUGGUGAAGGAAAGCAGUUCUCAGAAUCGUGCAAUGUUAUUAUUAAUGAUAGAGUUAGUCAAUAACAAGUAUGAAAUCAAGGAUAUGUCGCUAAAACACUUUUAUCUUUCAAACAUCAAGGGUCUUUCUUUUGAAUAUCCAUUUUCUCAGAAAGAAUUAAAAAUAGUUGCAGAGACAAAAACUGAAAAUGAUAAUGAAUUGCAAGAAAUUGAUAACAAUCAACGAAUUAUAAAAGAAAUAAAAAAUGAUUUAUCUGAACAAGCCAGUUAUUCAAAAAAUCCUAAUAUUCCAAGAGCGAUACGCGGAUCAGGUGGGCUAGAUACAUCAAGAAAAGGAGAUAACAUUAAUACAAAAUUAAAUUCAUUAAAAAUAACAUCAAGGCAAAAGAACAACAAAGGCUGGGAUCAUGAUGAUAGAUUUCAUAAAGAUUAUGAAUGAUACAUAUAUUGUACAGUUUUGUUGACUGGCACAAAAACUAAGUACAUUUACAAGAUUUUAUAAAAAUAUUAUGAAUGCUAUGGAUAUAUACAUUUAUAUAUGUAUAUAUAUUGACAUAGUCACAAUUAAAACAGAGAGAAAAACAUCUCAGGUUAAUUUCUUUGACGAAAACAAUCCUUUUGAUACUUUGAUAUCAAAAGAUUGUAAAAGUAAUAUAAGUGGAAUGUGAUAUACAUGUAAAAGUGUUUUUUCAAGAAUUAUUAGUUGAUUAGAAAAUAGUGAGUUAUCUCUUAUCUCAAAUAAGCGAGAUUCAAUUUUAAUAUUGGAACUUAAAAUAGUCAAUCAUAAUAUAAAAUUGUUCUAUGUUGCUCGUUUUUAUUUUUGUCUCAUUUGCUCUUAAACUUUCUUUGUAGAACAGUUCCUGGAAGAAUAACAAUUUCUAGUUCUCAGAAGAUAUGAAUCUUAUAACGGAGAAACAAAAUAUUAUUAUUAUAAUAUAAAGUUAUUAUUUGACUCACAAAGUUGUUUUGACAUGUGGAUAAAAGUGUCCAAAUAUGAUGCUUCAUAUUUUAUACACAAGAAUUAAUUCAUGAGAAGACACAUUAAUAACAUAACAUAAAAUUUAUAAAUAAUUUAUUUCUGAACUUGUAUAUUUCUCUCAUACAUCACGUUUGGACAAUAUCUAUGUCCGAAUCUUUAGUGUACUAUUUGCUAGUGAAAUUUUAUUUCAGAGCAAUUAAAUAUUUCUAUUUUUUUUAUUUUUUAUAUUUGUUGCUUUCAAUAUAUAUAUAU